AUGGCGGACGAUCAGUGGUUCCAUGGUGCCGCGCUGUCAGACAUCGGUCGGCCGUCGUCAGACCCGCCUUCAGCGGCGUCAAGCACGGGCGGUCCUCCACCGCAAACUGGCCGAAUGUCGGCCGGCACUCGCCGGACUGUCAAAGGUGCCGGCUCUGGCACUCCGUCAAAAGGAGCGACAGGCGGCAUGACGGCCGGGAAGAAGCGUAUGGCCGCGGUAACGGAAAAGGCGGUCGGGCUGAAGGAUCGACUACGGCAAGCGAGGGGGGAGGUGUUGGAGCCUCAACCCUACCGCCCUACCCUCAACCCCAACCCCCCGUCUCCCACCCCCACCUCCCCCCACUUCCCCCAGCAAGCGAGGGAGGAGGUGUUGGUGCUGAGGCAGGACGCGUGCGACCUGCAGGAAUAUGCCUCCAACCCUACCACCCUCCCCUCAACCUCUCCAAAACCCGAAACCCCCUUCCCUCCUCCCCUCCAGCAAGCGAGGGAGGAGGUGCUGGAGCUGAGGCAGGACGCGUGCGACAUGCAGGAGUAUGCCUCCGCCAAGCUCAUGCGCGCGCAGACCUACCUGCAGCUGCUCGCCAAGAAGGCGCACGGUCUCGACCAGGUGGCGCAGGAGGCGGAGUCAAAGGUGGCGCCUCUGAAGAAGGAGCGCAGGCGGCUCUUCAACAGCCUCAUCCAGUCCAAAGGCAACAUCCGAGUGGUGUGUCGGGUGCGCCCAGCAUUCGAGCACGAGGACUCACUCGCGCUCUCCUUCCCAGACGAAACCACCAUCCGCAUCAACCCCUCCGCCACAGCCACUGCUGCCACGGCUGGCAGUGCUGGCAGCACAGGCAGUGCGGGGUCUCCUGGGUCCUUGGGUGGUGGGGGUGGCAGCAGCGGGCUGGCGAAGAGGGACUAUGAGCUGGAUCACAUCUAUGGGCCGCAUGUGGGGCAAGGCGAUCUAUUCGUGGACGCGGUGCAGCCCAUGGUGCAGGCUGUGAUGGACGGCUUCAACGCCUCCAUCAUUGCGUAUGGGCAGAGUGGCUCGGGGAAAUCACACACUAUGGAGGGCCCGUCCCACGAUCGUGGAAUCUUUUACCGAGCGUUUGAUGAGAUCUACGACCUUGCCAACUCAACAUACGCCCCCGCUGACAGCUACACCUUCCACGUCAGCAUGCUCGAGAUGUUCAACGAGCAGGGUGGUGAUAGUGCGAGUGCAUCACGACGACCCGGUGACGGGAGAGCAGCAGCACAGCAAGCUGCUGCUGGCGGAUCUCGCCUCCAGCGAGCGCCUCCUCGCCUCCUCCUCCGCCUCGGGGGACCGUCUCACCGCCUCGCUGCACGUGCAGAAAUCCUUCUCAGCGUACGUACAGUGCUGCUGGUGGGGCUGUGUGUUGUGGAGCUGACUUUUGAGUCGACUCAAAAGUCACCUCAGCGUACGUACAGUGCUGCUGGUGGGGUUGUGCGUGGUGUGGAGCUCUUUAUGUGCAGGGUUCGAUGCCUGUCCUCCCCCUCUUUGCUUUUCCCCUUCCUCUUUCCCUCGUCUCUCUCUCUUGCCCCACCAGGCGGCGAGGCCAAGACGGUGGUGGUGGUGACGUGCAGCCCAUCGGUGCGCGACGUGGCGGAGUCAGUGCUUAUGCCUGUCCUACUCCUCGAAUCGCCCUCCCACUCUCUCGCGGUUCUUAUUCUCUCCUCUCCCUCUUGGCCCACCAGGAGGCGAGGCCAAGACGGUGGUGGUGGUGACGUGCAGCCCGUCAGUGCGGGACGAGGCGAGGCCAAGACGGUGGUGGUGGUGACGUGCAGCCCAUCAGUGCGGGACGUGGCGGAGUCGGCGCUCUCGCUGGCCUUUGCUGCCCGCUCCCGCAACUCAGAGCUCAGCCUCGGCACGCGCGAUACCAUUAAGAAAUGGCGCGACAUGGCAAUUGUCGCAUGGAGGGACGUGUUUGAAAGCGAGAAGCAGACGGCAAAGGCGCAGCAGGAAGUGCAGCAGGAGGUGCAGCAGGAGGUGCAGCAGGAGGUGCAGCAGGAGGUGCAGCAGGAGGUGCAGCAGGAGGUGCAGCAGGAGGUGCAGCAGGAAGUGCAGCAGGAAGUGCAGCAGGAAGUGCAGCAGGAAGUGCAGCAGGAAGUGCAGCAGGAAGUGCAGCAGGAAGUGCAGCAGGAAGUGCAGCAGGAAGUGCAGCAGGAAGUGCAGCAGGAAGUGCAGCAGGAAGUGCAGCAGGAGGCGAAUGACGCAAGGAGAGAGGUGUUUGAGAGCGAGAGGCAGACAGCAGAGGCGCAGCAGGAGGUGCUGCGGCUGAAGGACGCACUGAGGGCGAGCGAGCAGACGGGGUGUGUGCUGCUCACAGAGCUGCAACGCGCCUGGGCCCAGGCUGGCCUGGUGGAGGCACAGCACCAUGCUGAAGUGGAACGGCUUAUGGCUGGCCUGGUGGACGCACAACACCACACUAACGUGGAACGGCUCAUGGCUGAGGUGGCCGCUGGAGUGGAGGCACAGCGGCGGAUGGAGGAGGAGUGGGAGACUCGAGCAGUGUUGGAAGGGGCUAAGACUGUCCAAGUGGAGCAGCUACACGGGCGGCUGGCAGAAGCAGCCGAAAUGGCACCACAGAUCCCUUCCCUUCCCCUCUGCCAUCCCUCCCUCCCAUCGCUCCUUCGCUCUCAUCCCCCGCACUCCUUCCUUGCUUGCUUUCUCCUCUCACCCACGGCAGAUCCAAUUAUCCAAGUGGAGCAGCUACACGGGCGGCUGGCAGAAGCAGCCGAAAUGGCACCACAGAUCCCUUCCCUUCCCCUCUGCCAUCCCUCCCUCCCAUCGCUCCUUCGCUCUCAUCCCCCGCACUCCUUCCUUGCUUGCUUUCUCCUCUCACCCACGGCAGAUCCAAUUAUCCAAGUGGAGCAGCUACACGGGCGGCUGGCAGAAGCAGCCGAAAUGGCACCACAGAUCCCUUCCCUUCCCCUCUGCCAUCCCUCCCUCCCAUCGCUCCUUCGCUCUCAUCCCCCGCACUCCUUCCUUGCUUGCUUUCUCCUCUCACCCACGGCAGAUCCAAUUUCUGCUGUCUCGCCUGGAGGCCACCAACAGUGCACUGCUGAUGUGGCAGCACCAUCUCUUGAGACGUCUCAAAAGUCAGCUGAUGUGGCAGCACCAUCUCUUGAGACGUCUCAAAAGUCAGCUGAUGUGGCAGCACCAUCUCUUGAGACGUCUCAAAAGUCAGCUGAUGUGGCAGCACCAUCUCUUGAGACGUCUCAAAAGUCAGCUGAUGUGGCAGCACCAUCUCUUGAGACGUCUCAAAAGUCAGCUGAUGUGGCAGCACCAUCUCUUGAGACGUCUCAAAAGUCAGCUGAUGUGGCAGCACCAUCUCUUGAGACGUCUCAAAAGUCAGCUGAUGUGGCAGCACCAUCUCUUGAGACGUCUCAAAAGUCAGCUGAUGUGGCAGCACCAUCUCUUGAGACGUCUCAAAAGUCAGCUGAUGUGGCAGCACCAUCUCUUGAGACGUCUCAAAAGUCAGCUGAUGUGGCAGCACCAUCUCUUGAGACGUCUCAAAAGUCAGCUGAUGUGGCAGCACCAUCUCUUGAGACGUCUCAAAAGUCAGCUGAUGUGGCAGCACCAUCUCUUGAGACGUCUCAAAAGUCAGCUGAUGUGGCCGCACCAUCUCUUGAGACGUCUCAAAAGUCAGCUGAUUCGCAGCAGCAGGUGGGGGGCGGUGGUGGGGAGUGGGAGAGGCGGAGGGAUGAGGUGGUGGGGCGGAUGAAUCGAGUGAUGGUGGACGCGCAGAGCGAUGCUGCUGCUCUGGCCGAGGAGAGCAACGCGUGCUUGAGAGAGGUGCGUGGUGGAGAGCGGUGGCGAGUGUUUGGAGAGGAGAGGAGAGUGGUGGAGAGCAGUGCUGUCGCAGCCUUGCCAGCUGGCAGUGAGGAGGAGGGGCGGGCGACGGAGGAGGUGCGGGCGGCGGUGGUGGCGCUGCUGGCGUGGGCGCAUUCUAAGGCGCUCUCUCUUGAUUGGCCGGUCGUGUCGUGUGCCCGCCUGCUGCUGCUGCGCGUGCUGCGCUCCAAGUCAGCCGAUGUGCAGUCCAGUAAAGUGAGUGUGGGGAGCGAAGCGAGUGUGAGGAGUAAAGUGAGUGUGAGGUGGAAUGAAGUGGGUGUGGGGUGGAGCAAGGGAGUGAGGAGUGGAAAUGAGAACUUCGAAUCAACCAAGAAAAUAUCGUUCCUUCCCCCCUUCCCCUGCAACCCUCCCACCCACCAGGUCCCAGCAAUCGAGCGGUUCUUGGAAAAAGCGCUACCCCAGCCGGCCAAACCCGCUCUUCAAAAGAGCUCUACUUUCGCUCUCCCCACCACCGCCACCCCUGCGCCCGGCUCCACCCUCCGCACGUUCCGCCUCGACCUCAAGCUGCCUGGAGGGGAUAAAGGGGCAGCGGGCACGGGUGCAGGGGGUGGGGGCAGUGCGAGCAUUGCGGACCGGCGCGGCAGUGCGUCGUUCCGCCUGCCGUUGUUCCGAGCGGGUGGGAAGAAGGCCGCGGGCGGUGGAGCAGGGGGGUCUGCUGUUAAGGUGUCAGAAGCUCGCAUCAAGGAGAUUCGGCAGGAGGCAGCAGACCAUGCCAAGGGCCACAAGGAGCUCGCCCUAGUCUUCGCCCAUUUCGCCACCGCCAAACCCACCACCACCACCGUUACCACCGCCACCGCCACCACCCCGCUCUCCCACGCCUCCUCCCUUCCCGUUGACCUCAUCGCGCGCGUCGCUGACGUCACCAGCCUGGAGCAGCGGGUGCUGCAGUGGAUCGGAUCGCAGUUUGGAUUCUGGGCGGCGAGCGAGCCGCCCAGGGACGCGCAGGAGGACGUGGUGGCGGUGGCGGCGGCGGUGGUGGAGGGGUGGCGGGAGGGGCUGGGCACGUUCAUGCGGUACAGUGAAGACGCGCUGGGGCAGGUGCUGGCAGAUUGGAGCUUCCGACAGUACCGGUCUCAGUUGAGCAAUCUUAAGGGCAGAGUGCUCACCUUGAGGUUUGUGGAGGUGAGAGGGAGGGGCUGGGCAUGCUCAUGCAAUGCGACGCAGCGAGGAUGCGCUGGAACAGGUGCUGGCCGACUGGAGCUUCAGGCAAUACUGGUCACAGCUGGGGAACCUCAAGGUGAGGUGCACGAUGCAUCAGUUCUCCCUCUUGCAUCGCUUCUCCCUCUUGCAUCGCUUCUCCCUCUUGCAUCGCUUCUCCCUCUUGCAUCGCUUCUCCCUCUUGCAUCGCUUCUCCCUCUUGCAUCGCUUCUCCCUCUUGCAUCGCGUCUCCCUCUUGCAUCGCUUCUCCCUCUUGCAUCGCUUCUCCCUCUUGCAUCGCUUCUCCCUCUUGCAUCGCUUCUCCCUCUUGCAUCGCUUCUCCCUCUUGCAUCGCUUCUCCCUCUUGCAUCGCUUCUCCCUCUUGCAUCGCUUCUCCCUCUUGCAUCGCUUCUCCCUCUUGCAUCGCUUCUCCCUCUUGCAUCGCUUCUCCCUCUUGCAUCGCUUCUCCCUCUUGCAUCGCUUCUCCCUCUUGCAUCGCUUCUCCCUCUUGCAUCGCUUCUCCCUCUUGCUUCGCUUCUCCCUCUUGCAUCGCUUCUCCCUCUUGCAUCGCUUCUCCCUCUUGCAUCGCGUCUCCCUCUUGCAUCGCUUCUCCCUCUUGCAUCGCGUCUCCCUCUUGCAUCGCUUCUCCCUCUUGCAUCGCUUCUCCCCACUUCUUUCUCGUCCCCUCCCAUUGCAUCCUCCACAGGACGAGGGGUCCCCACUUGUUUCUAG